AUGUCUCUCUUCGGUCUCGGUGGAUCCUCUUCAGGCGCGCCCAGCAACGCCGCGGUGAGCUCGGCCCAAAUCGAAGCCGCCACCGCCGAACUCGAAAUGGUCACCGAUGUCUUCAACCGGCUCGUCUCGUCGUGCCACGCCAAGUGCAUCUCGACACGAUACGCCGAGCCUGAUCUCAACAAGGGCGAGAGCAUCUGCAUCGACAGGUGUGUCAGCAAGUUCUUUGCAGUCAAUGGCAAGGUCAACGAGCUCAUGCAGUCAAUGGGCCAGGCGGCGCAGGGCGGUGCGCCUGGUGGCUCCGGUUCUUUCUUUGGAUAA